AUGUCCGUUCUCUUCAGAGCUUCGUGGUGCAGGGCACAAUUCCUUACCUGGGACGAGUUUAUAUCUUCCCCACUUUGGCCUUACGUGCGCCAGUGGGAGUCGUCCGCGGACAACGCCCUUCCAGUGGGCCCACUCGCUUCCUUCCAGCAAGUUUGCGACGACUAUCGUCGACAACCACGCCAGUCUGCGGGUGAUAUGAAGCUUCUCCGCGAACUUACGGACCACUUGCAGUUGCAACAGUCUCUGGAGACCCUCAUCAUUCCCAGCGAAAACGCCCCUUUCGAUAACCUCACAGCACAUGAUUGGCCCCGGCUCAAGGUCCUCUCCCUUCGCGGAGAGAUGCAGCGGAUGGCUACACCGCUCCUCUCUGUUUUCCAGAGGAUGCCGGCGCUCCGGGAGCUUACGGUCGAAACCGCUUGCUCGUACAAUACGGGACGUACCUUGUUCUGCCCGCCUGGUUGGACAGGCCCCUAUCCCUGGCCAGAGAUGACCAGUCUGGUAGUAUCAUAUCCACAUCCCGACGAUGCUCUGUACGCCCUUCUGCCCCCCACUCUACAGCGUCUUAGCCUCCACUGUUGGCCCCGGCACUACACCACCCUGGUACCGCACGAAUCUCACUACAUCGCGGACUUGGGAUGGUUUUCCCCAGUCUUGUCGUCCUCUGAGAUGCUGCAGAUCCUCUCUCAAUGCCCCCAAUCCGAUCUGGAAGAACUCGAGCUGGAAUUUGGAGAGGACGGGCGCGAUUUGGAGCUGUUCUCACUAAUCCCGCGGGUUUUCCCCAACCUUGUCAAACUGACCAUCCUUCGGUAUCGGAAAUGGGGCAAUCCGGAGGUACCAGUCCGAGAGAUUGGGAAGGCGUUAGCGCCACUGAGCCACUUGCUCGCCAUAUACCUCCAUCUGGACUUCAAAGUCGCGCCCCACCCGUACGCAGCAUACAACGAUACCGCUGUAGAAGAAUUCGGAAAACUUCGGGUAGCCGCUCAGAACGCGGCAGAUAUUCUCGCACUCGAACUCAGCAGCUCAGUCAACACUAUAUAUCUGCUGCAUCGACGUCUGAGCAGGAAUUUCUGGGUCCCCUUUGGUGUAACGCGCACGAGCGGCGCCGUGCACGCUAGCGAUUUGGAAUUCAGCACAAUUACGAGCAUGACGGACAACCGCUGGAUCUUUGGCUCGCAACGUAGCACUGUCGAUAUUGGUAAAGAUAAGGACGACGGCGACAGACUGAGAGAGUAG